GGGCGGGCGGAGCCGUGCCGGGUGCGCUGCUCCCACCUGCUGGUGAAGCACAGCCAGUCGCGGCGCCCGUCCAGCUGGCGGCAGGAGCGCAUCACCCGCUCCAAGGAGGAGGCGCUGCAGCUCGUCAACGGUCAGGGGAAUUCUGGGAAGGCUCUGGAAUUAUGGGAUUUUCAGCCCCUCUCUUUUGAAAUCCCAAAUUUUGUUCAGUUUUCUUCUUUUUUUGGGACAAGCCCCAGAAUCCCAAAUUGCUGAGGGGAUUUCGGGUUUUUCUCCGCAGGGCAGAUGCAGAAGGCGUUCGAGGACGCGUCGUUCGCGCUCCGGGCCGGCGAGAUGAGCGGCCCCGUGUUCACGGAAUCCGGGAUCCACAUCAUCCUCCGCACGGAGUGAAGUGCCUUGGCAGGCCCGGAAUUCCCGGGAAUCCCCAAGAAUUCCCUGGGGAAUCCUCGGGGAAAAUCCUGGAGAUCCGUGGGAGUCUACAGGGAUCCGUGGGAGUCCGCGGGAAUUUGGGGGAAUCCUCGGGAAUUGGCGGGAGUUUUGUUGGGAUUUGGGGGAACGUUCGGGAAUUCUUGGGAAUUUUGUUGGGAUUUGUGGGAAUCCUCAGGAAUUCAUGGGAAUUCUUGGGAAUCCUCAGGAAUUUGUGUGAAUUCAUGGAAAUCCUCAGGAAUCCAUGGGAAUUCUUGGGAAUCAUCAGGAAUUCGUGAGAAUUCGUGGAAAUCCUCGGGAAUUCGUGGGAAUCCAUGGAAAUCCUCAGGAAUCCAUGGAAAUUUAGUGGAAUUUGUGGGAAUUCUCAGGAAUCCUUAGGAGUCCUUGGAAAUCCAUGAGAAUCCAUGGAAAUCCUCAGGAAUCCACAAGAAUCCGUGGAAAUCCUCAGGAAUCCAUGGGAAGUCUUGGGAAUCCUCAGGAAUUAAUGCGAAUCCAUGGAAAUCCUCUGGAAUGCUCAGGAGUCCAUGGAAAUCCUUGGG